AUGGACACCAAAAGACGGAUCGACAUGGCCAAGGUCAGUCUUGUCUCGCGAGAACAUGCCUGUUCGUUGUACGUCUUUGAUCACCUGAGCUGCCCGUCUCUUCUGUUGGUCUGUCAGGCCUUUGCCGACCUGUAUCUCAUGCUCGAUGCCGUCCGCAUUUGGGUAGCCGCGGACGUCCUCUGUCUUUGGCGUUGUCCCCAUAAGGUGGUCAAGUCGCUCUCGAUCGAUUUCAGCAGGUACAAGGUCAGUUUCUGCCAACUUGGCUGCCGCGAUAGGCCGUGUCUCAUUCAUAGGUGGCUGCAAUAAGGAGAUCGCAUCCUCAAGGCCCGUGAAUGCGACGAACCAGCCCAACACAUGGUUCCUUGAUAGGAUGACUCUCUUUGCCGAAAGAUUGUAGAGCUUCACGUAUACACGACGGCCUGUCGUCACCUCCAUCACACCCUUCUCUACCCGAAUGUAAGCUCCUCGGUGGUGUGUGAGCCCUGGAUGCUCUAACAGACGCGCAACCUCUCCUAUUUGUCCUUCAGGUCCACUCAAUCGCGCUCGCACCCAUGUCUCCUUGCCCGCUGGUAUGGGUGUCUUGGCCGUGACGACGAUCUGAGUUUUCGGCUUCCUUCGUUCCUGUCCGGGUGAGCUUGAUCUAACAAAACCUAUAGCUGUGACACUUACGCCAUAUGUGUCGUGUGCGUAUGGCUCAUGAAUGCUCAUAGGCUACCAUUCCUGUCUCGAGGUCACACGUACUUUGCCGACUCGAUGAUCUACAAUGACCCUUUCCUCUCGGAUCGCCUUUCCUCCAAGCAAGACGAUAGCUUUGGGAUCGUCAAUGACACAGAAGUCAACAGUGAUAGGUCUCAUAGGCUGUCUCCCCUCAUCUACUGCCACUCCUUUAGGCAAGAGGGCGAUUUGAGCGGCGCUGUCGAUCGCUACAUCACCGUGGUGCAGCAUGCUCAACUUCACACCCGUAAUUGGCUUCAUGACUAUCUCUCCGUUGCCCUCUUCAUGCAGCUUCCUCAGCAUCCGUCGGCUUAUCACACUGAGGUCAGCACCCGUAUCAACAAGCACCUCGCAUAACACCCCAUUCACCCUCAUCAGCACAUACGUCUGCCAGCGCACAGUUCGCAAAAGCUCACUGCGCCCUUUGUCUCGACUCGUUGCAGCACAGCACUGUGCCCGCACAGCCGUCCCUGGAGAGCCAACAACUAAACACUCAUCGUGAGCCAUCUGUCCACUGCCACAGGCCGACAUACUCUGAGACACUCUCUGAUCGAUAUCCUUUCCAGCCACUGUUGGGCCCAGCGACGUAGCGGCAUGCAAAGAAGAAGGCGUCCCCUCUCUUUGCCUACCGCACGCAAUGGCAUGCGACGAAGAAGGCGUCCCUCCUUCUCGCCUACCGCAUGUGGGGUUUUGAUCGGAGCUGGCCCCAUCCAGCCCCAAUCCUUCGUCAGUUCUCAUUGGUGGGUGCCCAUCAACCACCGGCAGCUCAGGGCCCUGUCCAAUACACGCAACCCGCUCCAACUGACGGUGACAUCUGUCCGCUGAUGCAUCAGGGUGUGCCGUCAUGCACUGUCGCUUUGCCAAUGCACCUCUUGGACCUUCCGACCCAGGAACGACAUCAUCCGAAGGCCUCACGGCCCCCAGGCUCGACACAUCAUCCGUCUCUUCAUCCAGGACCCUUGCGGCUCCUGUGCAAGCAGACAGGAAAACCUCUGGCGUCGGGAACGACGAACGAUCAGCGUGCAUUCCAGAGCUUUCCACUGUGGAUAGCUUCCUUUCCGACUCACACAACACGUCUCUCUCAAAUACGCCUGUACAACCACACACAAAUGACAUAGAAAUAGGGUGGACAUGUGCUUGUCUGUUCUUCAGGGCGUCAAUCGCCUUGUCCGCAUCCUCUCGUACGCCCUGUGA